AUGGCGGACCAUUUGUCUCCGCCAUGGUCGCACGUGUGUCACGUCCUCCAAUCACUCGAGCAGCGUCGCAAGAACUGCGUCGUCACCGUCGACGACGACAGCGGUGCGACGCUAACCGGGUCGCAAUUGGUCGCAGACGUCGCAUGCCUGGCCAGAGGGUUGGAGACUCUCGGCGGCGUCGCGCCGGGGGACCGCGUGUGCAUCGCAGCGCUCAAUAGCUCGGCGUACGUACAGUGGCUACUCGCAGUGCCAGCUGUCGGCGCCAUUCUCGCGCCUCUCAACCACCGAUGGAGCAUGGGAGAGGCAGCAGCAGCGGUGCAGCAGGUGGGUGCGGCAGUGCUGGUGGUGGAUGCUCACAUGCUGCCCUGGUGGGCCCACCUCAAGCCGCUCUGCCCCUCGCUGCGACUGGGGGUCGUCAUCUCAGAGGGGCCCAUUGCUCCCACUCUCUCCUCUCCCUCCUCUGCUUCGUCCCCCUCGUGCUUUCAACUCGUCGUUGCCCUCCUCUCCUCCUACCCCUCCCGCCGCCCUGUCCCUCACGCGGCUGCUCUCUCCCACACGGCCCUCAUCUCGCAGUCCCUGGCCAAGCUGGCAUUUGCGGGGUACCGCCAUGACGAUGUGAGUGGCAUGAGGAUGGAGUGGGUUGGCAUGACGUUCUCACAUACAGUAUGCACGCCCAAGGCAGCUGCUCUCACCCCCAAGGCAGCUGCUCUCACCCCCAAGGCAGCUGCUCUCACCCCCAAGGCAGCUGCUCUCACCCACACGGCCCUCAUCUCGCAGUCUCUCGCCAAGCUGGCAUGUGCGGGGUACCCCCAUGAUGAUUCCCUGGGCAAGCUUGUGCAGGGUACCGCCAUGACGAUCCUUCCUGCACGUGGCUCCUCUGUGUCACAUAGGAGGCAUUUCUUCCCUCCUCGCCAUGCUCCCUCUUCUACCUCACCUCCUUCCCCAUCUCCUUUCUUCCAUGCCUCCUCCUUCCCCUGCCUGCAGACCUUCCUGCACGUGGCCCCUCUCUGCCACAUAGGAGGCAUUUCUUCCCUCCUCGCCAUGCUCACAGCAUGUGCUCGAAACGUCCUCGUGCCGCGCUUCCUCCCCGCCCACCUCCCUCAUCUCCUCUCCUUCCAUCACAUCACAGCCCUUAUUGCCGUCCCCGCCAUGCUCACGGAUCUAGUGAACGCAUGCAGCAGCAAGCAAAGCACGUGCUUCCCGCUCGUGCGAACGCUGCUGGUGGGGGGAGGCGCAUUGAGCCAGUCGCUGCAGCGGCACGCAGAGGCACUCUUCCCCUGCGCGCGCCUCAUGCUCGCCUAUGGCAUGACAGAAGCAGCCUCCUCCAUCACAUUCGCCAUGCUACGGGACCCUGCAGGGGCAGAGUCGGCAGGGGAAGCGAUCCAGUCGUCAGCUCACAAGUCUUGUCCUGUAGUGGGGGAGGUGCUAACCCGCGGCCCACACGUGAUGAGUGGCUACUGGGGCAGGCCAGACGAAACUGCCGCAGUGCUCUCUCAAGACGGAUGGUUGCGCACGGGAGACAUGGGCUGGAUCGACUUUUCCGGGCAGCUUUGGCUGCUGGGCAGACGAAAAGAAAUGAUAAAGUCGGGUGGGGAGAAUGUGUUCUGCGCGGAGGUGGAGGAGGCAGUGAGAGCACACCCGGGAGUGGCGGCAGCAGCAGCUGCAGGGGUGCCGGAUGAGAGGAUGGGGGAGGCGGUUGCUGUGCUGCUGCAGCUGAAACCAGGAUGGGUGUGGUCGGGGGUCAGCAGUAAUGACAGUGAUGCUGGCAAUUCUGGUAGUGGUGGUGGCAGUGCGGCAAGGGCAGCUGGUGCUGAGAGCGUGUCGUUGAGUGACUUGCAUGCUGCCUGCCAGCAGCACGGCCUCUCCAGCCCGACGCAGCACAACCAGAGACAGCAGCAACAGCAGCGGAGGUUGGUGGGUGUGUUCAGAGUGCGGUCGAGUGCGGUUGAGAACGCGGCAGCUGAGACCAAUGUGACGGACGAAGGGAAGCAGGUGAGAAUCGGGGGCAGGAUAGGGGUGGGGCAGCUGCAGCAGCGCAAGGCGGAGUGGGCGCGGGUGCGGGCGGUGGCGGAGAGGGGCACGGUGAUGCGCGGGCGAGUGGUGUCCGCCAACGCGGGGGGGCUCAUGGUGCGCCUGGGCCCGCUGCAGGCCUUCCUGCCACUCUCUCAACUCGACCCCGCUCGCCUCCGAGGCACGGCAGCGUCACCGGCCCCCAAUGUAGCGGACGUAACUCGAGGGCUGGUCGGCAGCAUGGUGGGGGUAAGAAUCCUCGAAUUAGACGAGGCGAGAACGCGCCUGGUGGUGUCGGAGAAGCGGGCAGCAGCAGCAAAAGGGCUGCCGCGCGUGCAGCAGGGGUGCGUGUACCCGGGCAUCGUCUCCUCCCUCACUGACUUCGGUGCCUUCGUGGACCUCUUUCAGCCGGAGGGGGGAGACAAAGAGGGGGCCAAUGAGGGAGAAAAAGGGGAGGGAGGCAAGGAGGGGGAGAAGGAGGGCGCGUUUCUGGCGACUGGGCUGGUGCAUGUGUCUGAGCUCUCCUGGGACCCCGUUCGCUCGCCCGCUGAUGUCAUUGCCGUGGGCGAUGCAGUCAGUGCGUUGGUUCUGCAAGUUGACAGGGAGAGGGAGCGAGUGGGGCUGUCGCUGAAGCAGGUGCAGGCAGACCCGCUCCUUGAGACUCUCGACCGCCUGCUGCCCUUCCAACCCGCCCCAGAUGCCACCUCCCCUUCUGCCGCUGCCCUUGAGGCGACCUCUGCUGCCCCCUCCUCCCCCCUCCCGGGUGCCUCCUCGCCCCCGCCCCUACCGGGCCUGCUAGCGCUCUGCAACCAGCUCAGGCAGCAACCAGGGAUCGUGUCUGUGACGUUGGGAAGGCAGGCAGUGGAGCGAAGGGUGGUGUCUCAGGACCUCGAGCUCUGGCUUUCCAACGCGCCAGCAGGAGAGGGGCAGUAUGCUCUGCUGGCAAGAGCAGGCCGACUGGUGCAAGAGGUUCAAGUUGUUGCCACUUUGGAUCGGGAGCAGAUGAAGGAAGUUCUAAAGCAGAUCUCUUAG